AUGCGAAUGCUUUGUAAAUAGACAGAUACACCUACCACAAGUAUAGUCCGUCCAUUGAUAGACCAUUAAAAUCCCGUGGUCUUCUUCAGAUCGAUAAAAGACAUAAAGACUACGCCAUAAUUCUGUACGCCAUAAUUUCCACUAUUCACCGAAUAUCUGAAUCAUACGCAUUUACGCCUCCGUUUCUUAGAGGCUGACAUAGUGGUAUAAUCAACUGGCGCCGUAUAGUGAAGCACAUCAUCUAUUUGUGCGUGCUCCACUGCACUACUAUGGGCUGUGGUUCUUCCAAAUCACUGGACGUACCAUCGGGCCCCUCGGACUACAAGUACAUGGUACAGAAAACUUGGGAUCGUGUGAAAGGAACAGUCGACAGCAACAUGAACGGUGACAUGAGAAAACUGGUGGUCCGACGGUCAGGAUGGAAAACGGUCAGAAUAUUUGUAUCAUCCACCUUCAAGGAUUUUCAUGCAGAGCGAGAGGUUUUGGUGAAAGAGGUGUUCCCUGAUCUGAGGACCUGGUGUGAAAAGAGACGGAUUCAUUUGGUGGACUGUGAUUUAAGAUGGGGUGUUCCAAAAGAUACAACAUCCGAGGAAACACUGAGGACAUGCCUUGGAGAGAUAGACAGAUGCUACCAAGAUAACAUCAUGCCAUUCUUCCUCAAUCUCACAAGUGAGCGUUGUGGCUGGAUUCCCACAACUCAUGAUGUACCAGAGGCAUUGUCAAGAGAAUACCGUUGGGUCCAUGGUCUUUCAGUCACGGAGAUGGAGAUCCUCCAUGGAGCGUACAGGAUAGACAACCCAAAUGCUUUCUUCAUGAUUAGGGACCAAAGUUUCUUGCAGACACUACCGUCUGAAUUCAAAGAUGAGUUUGUUGACCCUAACCCUAUCGCCCCUCACAAGAUGGAGGUUCUGAAACAAAUGCUUAGGGAAAGGCUGGGAUCACGUGUGCACUGGUACAAUGUGGAGUAUUCUGGGGUUGAUGACGAUGGAAAGGUAGAACUUAAUGGUCUCCAAGAGAACUUUUCCAAGCUUGUUUAUGACUUUUUCCUUAAAAGAAUUGAAGAGCAGUACCCACUUCUGGAGACCAAUCUAGACCCUUACCAAUCAGUCAAAGAGGCUCAUGAAUCAUUCCUGAAGAGUCGCGGAGGCUCGGUGCUGGGUAGGAACGAGAUCCUUGAACAGAUCCAGACGUAUGUGACGAGUAGCGGAGACAACAGGGCUCUGGUGAUGAGCGGAGGGGCAGGCUGCGGCAAGUCCUCCAUCAUGGCGCGGACAGCGGAUGUAGCGCAGACAAUGGCCUUGAACAAACGCAUCCCAGGUGGAGGUGAAACUGGUUGGCAUGUCUUCUACCAUUUUGUAGGAGCUAUCCCAGGAUCGACUUCCCUGGAACUGUGCCUCAAACGGCUUCUCAAGGAGCUCAAAGCUUUCAAUGAAGCCACUAUGCCCAAGAAUCUAGAGGCCUGCUGUCAGCUAGCCUGUGGAGUUCUGUCAAACCCCAAGACGCAACCACUCAUCGUUAUCAUCGACGCUCUUAAUCAGUUUGAUGAUGACAAGACCACAUCUGUCCUGAGUUGGCUACCCAGAAAGCUAGCCCCUCAGGUUAGGGUCAUCUUAGCCAUGAUUGACGAUACCCCACCCCAUAAGGAACUCCACGAGAGGGCCAUCAAACCACAGGAGAUCAUUGUCACACCCCUUGACAUGUCAGCAAGACAGCAAAUUGUCACAGACAUGUUGGGUAAAUACAACAAGAAGCUAGGAGAGGAUCAGAUGGCUAGCCUUCUGUCUAAGGAAUCUUCCCAGAAUCCCUUGUGGCUGUCAGUAGCCUGUGAAGAGCUCAGGGUGUUUGGUCUGUUUGCCAAGGUGACGGACAAGAUCAACAGUUUGGCAGAUGGCCUGUUAGAGUUACUAGAGCAGGUGUUUACUCGCUUUGAGGAGGAGAAUGGAGGCAUGCUCCUGGUCGCUACCCUCUGCCUCCUGGAAUGCUCCGCUACGGGUCUCCUGGAGACGGAGCUCCUUCUAAUCCUCGGAGAUGAAGACAAUCUCAUGCCUGCAGAUAAGGAUGAAGACAAUAACAAAGAUCGUGGAGAGAAAGAGAAGGCCAACAAAGAUGCUUCUCCGCUCCCUGCAGCCAAGUGGGCCGUGGUAUACAGAGCUCUGAAACCGUUCAUCAGGCCGUUCGGUGAUAGCGGAGAAGGCAGGCUGGACUUCUACCACAGAGCGCUCAGCAAGGCAGUCAGAAAGAAGUACUUUGACAACACAACCGCUGCACGAGUAUACGACAGGACAUGGUGGCACAAAAGACUUGCAGACUUCUUCACUGAUGUUAAAUCGGUUGAAAGGAAGGUCGAGGAACUUCCCAUUCAUCUGCUGGCCAUCCAGGACAAGAACAGGCUGCAGAAGUUCUUGACCGACUGGGAGGUCUUUGACAAUCUCUACAACGAAGACUACAGCACAGUACUCCUCAAGUACUGGAGAGAGGGCUUUGGUGCGGAAUGGCAGGGUAAAAUGCUUGAGAAGUACAAAGAAUCGAUGCAGAAGUUUGCUGAUGAGCACGAUUCAAGGGAAGACAUCGCCAGGAGAUAUGAGCAGGUUUCCAGAGUCAUCAACCAGUCCGGUAAGCACAUGGAAGCCUUAGCACUGCUUGAGAAGGCAAUGGAGAUAGAACUAUCAGAGCUAGGAGCAAGACCUGAGCGCAUGGUGGAGCUUUACCAUCUAGCAUGCACAGUCUAUGAUGAGAAACUGAAGUUAUAUGAGUAUGUUGAUCCUGCCCAGCUAAAGGAACUCAGACCCGCUAUUAACUUUGCUCGCAAGUCAAUCGCCAUCAGAGAGACGUUAGAAGGAGAGGUCCACAAGUACAAGCAUGGUCGUACCUUGAUUCAGCUUGCUUUCAACCUUCAAGCUUGGAUGGAGUGUGGUGGGGACAAUGCCCUGAGCCCGGUUGAAGCCAUUGCAGAGGCAAAGGUCACUGUCGUGAAGGCAGUAGAUAUCUUCAAAGAGCUUGGUUCUGAUGGUCAUCUUGCGGAUGCGACAAUGACCAAAGGUGUCCUCGAAGAGAGAGGGUGUCAAGAGCAAGUUGAUCUGUACAUGGAGGCUUUAGACCUUUGUCUUCAGGCUUAUGGUGAAUUCUGCGUUCUAACCAGUCGACUCUAUCUCAAUAUUGGCAUCAUGUAUGAAGAUAGACGGAGCUAUCGGGAGGCCUAUCACUGGUUUAUCAAGUGGCAAGAUGUCUGUGAAGAGGUAUUUGGAUACCACCACCCGCGGACUCAGCGAUGUCGGAACUGCCUGAAGGAACCCAGGUAUGUCUACGUAGCGAGACAGGUCGAAGCAGAAGAAGCCAAGAACCGAAGAAACGCAGAAAAUGGUAACGAAGCCGCUGAAGACCGUGGACUCAUUAUCGGAGACGAUCAUUCAGAGUAUUCAGAUUCAAGUGAUGGAGAUUACUAAUGAUAUAUUCAAGUACUCAAAGAGAAUUUCCUUGUGUGUGGCAUCCACUCGGUCAUCCAGGUUUUAAACGGGAUCAGUUCCCGACUACGGGGGCGGCCGGACUCGCGCCCACAGCGAACACCCUCACCCCCUCCCUCAAUCUUACUCUGUUUGGUGCAUCCUCCUCCCUCAACCCAACCCUCCUCCACCACUUGCUUCUUCCAUGUCUUCUUUGGUCGCCCACUUCCCUUUCUACGGGAUGUCUUGGGUAAUUGCGUAGACUCGACAAAUUCGAAAUGUCCUGACCACCGAAUUCGGCCAUUCCCACAGGCACUGUAUAAAGAGGACCCAUAUCAGGAAAUACGUCAAAAGGAAGAUCCGUGUCUGUUUCGCAGGAAUCCUACAAACGGCCUUUCAUUACUGAUUCUCAAACUUCAUCAUUGACAGAAUGAAGGGGAAUGCAGGAAAGAAGCUAUGAGAUUAAGAUGCAAAGUGUCUUUAUAGUGAGAUUCCUGCCAAAAGGCACGCCACAGACUUUUGAAAAGGCGCCUACCCAUGAGGCUAAUACUAUACCUUAUUCUUACCAAGAGUAAUACCCCACUUGUUAGUCUCUUUAUUUAUAUCUGAAGGAAUAAAGCAUUGUGCAAUCCCAGCCAUGGCGUAAUUUCCUUCGGCAAGAAGUUUAUCCACAUUGUGCUGCACUCGACCCAGGUGAGGUAAAGGGGUACCUGGCAGGAAUUUAUUCCUUGAAAUGCCACCGCACUGUGAAAGGCUGCGGGGCUAAAGCCAGGGUAAUAAUAUCCAAUUAAGCGCAUAGGGACGCAUUUGGCAGUGAUAUGCGCUAUAUAAGCAUGUUGGUAUUAUUAUUAUUAUUGUUGCCCUCCGUUCGCCUCGGGAGCUUUUCAUGAAACAAAUAAUCAGUGAUUUUUCCUGACUUGUUAUGAGCUACCAAAAUUUUUAGAUCUGGUUGUCUCAGGAAAAUAUACUGGAAAAGAAAUACAAGAUACAGCUUCAUGAGUACACUGCUUGUGUUAAGUUUUUGUACAUUUAUGUCUUUCAUUAGGGAAGGGGCAUUUGAUAUAUAUGUUAUUAAGAGAGAGAGAGAGAGAGAAGAAGAAAUAGAGUGAUACACGUGUGUGAGAAUGAGUUCCUUUGUUAUGAAGGAAUGUCAAAGAUUUAUUCUGGAAGAAUUGUUGUAACAUAACAACUCAGGAACCAGGAUUGAACAUGUAAAAAUAUUGAUGGCUAUAAUACAUUGCUUGUCCUAGGGAAGUAGUAAGCGAGCUAUUGAUAUUCUGAAUCAAUUCAUUUACUUUUUAUGUUCUUAAGCCUGGCUCACACCUCUGCAAUUUGGGCUUGUGUUCAGCUGCGAAUUGCCUGAAGGCAAGCAAUUGCCUGAAUGCAAGCAAAUGCAACCCAAGCUAAUGUCAAUUCAGGAGACUAAUUCAGAAGCCUACAAGUAGCAACGAGUAAAUGCUAGCAAGGAGGCAUGAGUACAAGCAUAAACAAGUUGCUUACGCAGGCAUUAAGGUGCCGUUAGUGCUCGAAUUACCUUGAAUUGCCUCAGUUACUGCGUGCAACUUUGUACGAGUUCUGAUGAGCUGUUUGGCAAAAGUUUGAUUGCAACCAAAGAUUCUGCUGGGUAGUAUGCUGUGUUAGGCUGCGUAUUCGUAUUUUGGGCUUAUGCAGCUUAAAACGCAAAGGUGUGAGCCAGGUUAUAAUGGUGGAGGCUCAUAAAUACGUACAUAUUGUUGCUUGGAUGUUUUAACCUUGUAUCUCAUAAUUUUGAAAAAGAUUUGAAAGAAGCAGUUGGAAACCUCAUACUGUCUAAAAAAAAAAACAUCUCCUAAUACCUGGGUCCCAUAACACGAAGAUUAGUGAUUAAAGAGAAAUGCCAGUAGUUGCAGUAAACACUGAUUUCAUGAGAAAGUCUGUAAACCAGGCUUAAUUGUCAGUAUAUCAUCGAGGAUCUAGAUCUGGUACAGUUACAUAAACUGAACUUUGUGAAAUCUUGAAAUCUACGCUGAAAAAUGUUCACACUGAAGAUCACCAACACAGAUAAGCGCACGUGGGACAGUGUAUUAUUAUUGCCUUGAAUGUCAGCCCGACGCUUGACCCGAAUCCUGUGCUUAUUUGCUGAUUUCUCAGCAAUUACACAAUUUCUUCCAGAAUUCUUUGGCACAUAUGUUUUAUUUAUACAAACGGACACUGGUGGUCAUUUCAUUGGAUUCUUUCCGAACUCAUUUUGAUAUGGUUACCACAACUGGCAUUUACCUUUAAUCGUACUCUUGAUUUCAAGAUUGAUUGUACAUUGUAGUCAAUGGAAUCAAUCAUAGAAAAUUGUUCUAUGAUCAUUGCUAAGCUAUGUGUUACUGGCCCCUGGGACCCGUUGUAUAAAACGUUUUGCCAUAAAAAUAUCUGGCAAAUAAACAAAAACUUUGGCAAACAAAAUUAUGCCAUUGAAAAUCACACAUUAAAAAACUCUGACAAAAAAAUUGCCAGACUUUUUCAUGGCAAAAGUUUUUUGCAACGGGUCCCAGGAGAGGCAAAAGAAGGUUUCUACUAAUGUCAGAACUCUAUAAUUAAGCUUUUUCCGAUCUGUCCCAAAAAAAGUUAAAUUUUGAGGUACAAGGUUGAACACCCCAUCUACAAUAACAAUAUGUUUCUCUCAUAAUUUAAUACUUGUACUAUUAUCAGGCAUUAUGUAUAUAUUAUUUUUCAUAUUCAGAUGAUAUAGACGCGUAAACAACAAACUUUGAAUGCUGAGUUAUGCGCCUGACUUUCUUUUAACAAUGUGAUGAUAUAAAGCUUAUAUGCUUGUAUGUUAUGUAAAGGUAUAUAUAAUAAUCAUGAUUACAUUCAUGAAUGUAUAUAAUGUAUGCAGUUUACCAAUAUUUGUGUGUGUUUUUCGUAAGUGAAAUAAAUUCAUUUUCCAACGAAUCAAUGAGCAUUAUUCACAUGUGCAAGAACAUAAAUAAAGCUAUAAUAUGUCGUCAGGGUCAUUAAUGAUUAAUUCCAUGUUUGUCAUACUAGUAUUGCCCAGUUUAUAAUCCAAGAGCAUAAAUCAGCAUUGCGCAAGGAAAUACUUCAAGCAGUUGUUUGUUUUCAGGGUCUCCUGGACACAAAAUUUAAGGAUGAAUCUUGUCAAAUAAUUCUAUGUUAUACUAGUACUCCCUUUAUUCAAACCAAACAUAAGUUUCAGUAUUUUAAUUUUUUUUGCAGAUGAUGCUACUUGUUUGUAGUCUUUCUUAUUGCAUUGACAGGUAUGCUGAAUUACAGGUUGAUUAUAUAUUUUUUUAUUAAAUAUUUUUAAAGCCAUAAUAAAUAACAUAUGGUAUAGGAUAUAUCAAGUUUUUCAGCAUUUAAGCCUACAUACGCAUUUGUACAAUCAUAAGCUGAUAACUUGCGUUGCUGUUCUAUUAUGUAAUAUAUUAUUCUGGUUAUCCUCGGACUUGAAUAUAGUUUCUAUACAAAUGUAUAUACAUGUACAUGAAAUUAUAAAACGAGAACUGUUGCUUUUGAAAACUAGUAUGUAUGUAUAUUUUUUAUCAUGUUUGUAAUCCAUCUAGUGUAUGUACGUCAUAAGGUUGUAUUUAUUUUAGUUUUCCAUUCUCUUGAUAUACUGAUUCAUUUGAAAGUAUUGUUAAUUUUGAGAGAGAACUCUAAUACCUGAUAGUGAGUUCUGAAAAUGAACUUGAAAUGUGUUAAAGAUGACUUUCUUGGUCCGUGCAUGGGAAGUUCACUCAAAGGGAUGCAUGGCUCACCCCUUUCUGUUUUGGGAUUGUGUUCGGCUGCAGAUAGCCUGAACGCAGACAAAUGCAGUCAAACGCAACGCAAUGAAAUGAGCAGAUAUGAGGUCAAAACGCUGACUAAAACAGAGGCCUUGCUUAGAAGUUCGAAAUUUGGCAAACAUCCAGAACUGAACACAUCCAAACACAACCAAAAUCAGACGAACAAGAACAAGCAAUAAUGAGCGGCUUACGCUUGCAUAAACUUAUUUUUAGUACUCGAUUUACCUCAAAUUACCUCACUUUAAUGCAUGCAACUCUGUACGAGCUCCGACGACCUAUUACGCAAAAGUGUGAUUGCAACGAAUUAUUUUGUUGCAUAGUAUGCUGGGUUAGGUUGCUUAUUGCUUUUUUUGGCUAACGCUGCUAUACACAGCUUAAAACACGAAGGUAUGAGCCAUGCUUUUAUAGAUAAUGAAAUAUUCAUGCGUAUGUUCUCAGCAUGAUAUAUUGACUGCAUGCCUUGUCAAAGCUACACAAUUUUUUUUAAUUUUCUGGGUCGAUGGACUGAAUAAGGAAAUGGUUUCAUUUGAUGCAUUUAAUUCUCAUGGACUGAGAUGGAUAAAGAAUGCGUGUCUUGAAUGAAGGUCAGUUCUUUCUAGUUAUUAAGAUGAUUUCAUUAUUGUGCCUCAUAUUUUAGGACAGAAUUCAGUCACAAAAUUUGACAGUAAAUAUAUAAAAACUAGGUAAAUGGUAAUAUAUAGUUGUGGCCCGCAAGGUACUUAUAUGAUUUACCUACUGUAGCAAACAUGUGUUAGUAUGUUAUAUUGAAAUAUGUUCAUUUUAAGAUUUUUAACAUGAUUUACAAUCAGUGAGCUUGGAAUAUUAAUUUUGUAACAUAACGUUAGAUAAAUUUUCUUUUCUAUUGUAGGCUUUUUGGAAUAUUUAAAUGUUACAAUCUGAAUAUUCUUGUAUUCUUGCAAACGUUUUUGUUUGUCCCAUUUAAAGCAAUGGGUCAAUAUCGUCAUAAAAUUAUGUUACUUUUUUCCCAACAUUUCUGUGGGAUUUAGUUUAUGUUUGGAAAGAAACUGACUUUUUGUAUAUUUUGGACACUUACAGUUAUCUAGUGAUUAUUCCCCACUCCCUAGCAGUGAAAAUGUAUGUACUUCAUGUUGGGAUCUUGUUUUUAGAAAGGGGAAAAAAAACAAAAUAUUAAACAAUAAAAUCUCUUCUAUGAUUGUAUUUUAUCUCUAGGUCUUUAUGUAUGGAAGUCCCAUCUCUCUUACAAUCUACAUGUGUUCAUUUUUAUUCCUCCUUCGUUCUCCCCCCCCCCCCCUGCCUCUUUCUCCCUCUCCCACUCUGUCUUUAUGUCCCUCCCGCUCUCUCUACUUUUUUAUCUUUCCUUCUUGAUAUCUCUUAUCAAUUAUUUUUUUCCCAUCUGUUAUACUGAACAAAGUACAAUGUAUAGUGUAUCAUUGGAGAAUGCAGCUUGAUAAAUAUUGUUAAAUUAUUUUUUAGAUCAAUUCAGUUAGUGAACCCGAUUAGGUUAUCAACUCUGGUAAAAGGAAACUAAACCAUUAAAGAAUAUUGGGACAAAAAAUAAUUGUGUCUUGAAUUUCAGGGCUGCUGCUUUUUCUGGGACACUGUAUUUUUACGAGUAGAACAGUAAGCAUAUUGUACAUGUAGCAGCUCCUUGUGCUGUAAAAUACAGUUUUCUGAAUACCGUCCAGUCUUUCAAAAAAUAGUCUUAUCCAUAAAAAUCUUGAGCAGUAGACCAUUUCGGAAAGAGGUUAUAAACUCAAAUUGAGUAUUCUGUUGGAACUAAGGGGUCAAGACUAAUAAGAUAAUGACAUGAUUUGCUCUUUGGUUUUGGUAAGUCACACAAAAUGUGGCUAUCACUAUUUCAAUUCUUAUAUUAUUAUUAUUAUAUGAAUGUGUAUGCCCUAAAACAGUUUGGUAUGGUGUGGACGAAAACGUAAUGAAAUGUGUUUUAAAGGAUAAAUUUUGCGAUUUAACAUGAAAAUGUAUUUUGAUUAAAAUUAAUUAAAAUAGAA